CUGCUCCAUCAGGGACUCUCUGUUGUGUUCCUGUCAGGGUGGUCAUUGGUGGUAGCCAGGCACUGUCUAGUUCUUUUGGUCUCAGGCUGAUGAAGUCUGUGGUUCUUGCGGCUCCAGAAACUCAAAAUUUUAAACAACCUAAAUGUCCAUUAGUAGUGGAAUGGUUGAAUAAAUUGUAGUACAGAUUUCUAGAUGUCUUAUUGACCUGGAGCAAGGUCCGUGAUAUACUGAGGAAACCAAGUUUCACAAUAAUUUAUGUAAUGUGAUUGCAUUUUUGCCGUAUUGUUAUAUAUAUGCGCAUAUGUAGUGAAGUAUAGAAAGUAUACUUAAGUAUAGAAAGAUACGAACAAAUGCCACCUCAGAAGAGUGGAAAUGGGGAUAGAGUAGGGUGGAAAAUGAUGAACUUACUACUUUUUCUUAAAUCUUUGUAUUGGUAAGUGUGUAUCUUAAGGCUGCCCCCCAUCACCACAGUUCCCUGACCAUGCAAGAAAACCCUGCUUAAGAUACACUGUUAAAGGCACGAUGGAAGACAAGUUUUCCUUUUUAAAGGUUAUGUGCUUCAGUUGGCUGAAUUAACCUGAAUCAUUGUUGUCAGUGAUGUAUUCUUGUUGGAACUGAAUCUAAGUGAUCUAACUUAAAUAUUCGUCACUGCCACUGAGAUGACAAUGAAUUCACGAGUAAAACUAAAACAUUUUGAGAAAUUUCAGGAUACAGCAGAAGCAUUGGCAGGUAAAGUAAAAAUAAAUAAAAAAUCAGAGGCUUUAAGGGAAAAUCUUGGCAAUUUGUUUUCCUUGUUAAAGGGUUGUCUACUUCAGUUGCUUGAGUUAACCUUAUUCAAUGUUGUCAAUGAUGCAUUCUUGUUGGAACUGAAUUUAAGUGAUCUAACUCAGAUUCGUCACUACCACUGAGACAACAUUGAGUUAGCUUUUUUCAUCAUAGGGUUGGUUCCCCCCUGCCCAGUGUAAUGAGAGGUGAGAAGUGGUUAAGUUGAUCUCUCUGUGGAAACCAACAGCAUAAUGCUGAAGCACAAUUCAGUAAAAGCUGUUCUACAAGGGACCAAGCAUUCACAGCUCUGAUGGAGGGCAAAAUCAAUAAGCAGCUGAAAAGAGUUCUAAAGAAAAUAGUAAAAGAAGCCCAUGAACCCUUGGCUGUAGCUGAUGCUAAACUGGGAGGGGUCAUUAAGGAGAAGCUGAAUCUCAGUUGUAUCCAUAGUCCCGUUGUUAAUGAACUUAUGAGAGGAAUCCGUUCACAGAUGGAUGGAUUAAUCCCUGGGGUAGAACCACGUGAAAUGGCAGCUAUGUGUCUUGGACUAGCCCACAGCCUUUCUAGAUACAGAUUGAAAUUUAGUGCUGAUAAAGUGGAUACAAUGAUUGUUCAGGCAAUUUCCUUGUUAGAUGACUUGGAUAAAGAACUAAACAAUUACAUUAUGCGGUGUAGAGAAUGGUAUGGCUGGCAUUUCCCUGAAUUAGGAAAAAUUAUUUCAGAUAAUUUGACAUACUGCAAAUGUUUGCAGAAAGUUGGCGAUAGGAAGAACUAUGCCUCUGCCACACUUUCUGAGUUACUGCCAGAAGAAGUUGAAGCAGAAGUGAAAGCAGCUGCAGAGAUAUCUAUGGGAACAGAGGUUUCAGAAGAAGAUAUUUGCAACAUUCUGCAUCUUUGCACCCAGGUGAUUGAAAUCUCAGAAUAUAGAACCCAGCUCUAUGAAUAUCUACAAAAUCGAAUGAUGGCCAUCGCACCCAAUGUUACAGUCAUGGUUGGGGAAUUAGUUGGAGCACGACUUAUUGCUCAUGCAGGCUCUCUUUUGAAUUUGGCCAAGCAUGCAGCUUCUACUGUUCAGAUUCUUGGAGCAGAAAAGGCGCUCUUCAGGGCCCUCAAGUCUAGGCGGGAUACUCCUAAGUAUGGUCUCAUUUAUCAUGCUUCACUUGUAGGCCAGACAAGUCCUAAACACAAAGGAAAGAUUUCUCGAAUGCUGGCAGCCAAAACUGUUUUGGCUAUCCGUUAUGAUGCUUUUGGUGAGGAUUCCAGUUCUGCGAUGGGAGUUGAGAACAGAGCCAAAUUAGAGGCCAGGUUGAGGACCUUGGAAGAUAGAGGGAUAAGAAAGAUAAGUGGAACAGGAAAGGCAUUAGCAAAAGCAGAAAAAUAUGAACAUAAAAGUGAAGUGAAGACAUAUGAUCCUUCUGGUGACUCCACACUGCCAACCUGUUCUAAAAAACGCAAGAUAGAACAGGUAGACAAAGACGAGGAAAUUACAGAAAAGAAAGCUAAAAAAGCCAAGAUUAAAAUCAAAGUUGAAGAAGAGGAAGAAGAAGAAGAAGAAGUACUAGUGGUGGAAGAAGAGGAGAGCUCUGUGAAGAAGAAAAAGAAAAAGGAUAAAAAGAAACGCAUUAAAGAAGAACCAGUUUCUGAGGAAGAGCCAUGCACCAGCACAGCAAUUUCUAGUCCAGAGAAAAAGAAGAAAAAGAAAAAAAAGAGAGAGAAUGAGGACUGAUGGAAUGGAACUCUAAUUGAAUCACCUGGACACAUCAUGCUCAAGAUUCAGUCAGAAACAUACCAGAGAGGCCUGCUAAAAUAUUGAGGGGAGGUUGAAUGAAAGCCAUCAAUCAUCUGUAGCAUUUUCAGUCCUACGUUUUGUGUCUUGAUGUCAACUUUGUUAACCUCAUUACAGCAUCACUUCUUAGUGUCUUUGAUAUACAAAUAAAAAUAUUUUCUUUGUAUUUUAAGGCAGUUUUGUGACCUCUUUAUAUUUCAGGUAGAGAAUCUUUAUCCUUUUCCGUAUUUUAUUUCGUAUCUGAUGAUAAUGGUUUUGAUAAUUAUAGCCAAACAGUGGUUAAUUUGGGAAAGGUAGUCUUUCAGAAGGCCGUGAUUAGACGGACCAACUUAAGUACUUCAUUCUCACGUGUUUUUCUUGCCUUUUUGGAGUGUUUUUCAAAAAGAAAAAAUUGGUCCAUAACUCUGUACUUAUUGGUAAUUUGGAUAGGUGCAGUAAAAUAAUUAUCUAGAUCCUGGUUUGUUUGCAAAGUAAUCUAAAGUGAUUUUUUUUUAAGGUAAUAAACAUUUAUUUUAAAGUAAAGAAUGGACAUUAAGGGAAAAUAAAAUGUCAGCAUAAAUUGACAAAGAUAAAUCCUUGUGAGUUUCAAUAAAUGCAGUUGGCUGAUGAAGGAGGCUAGAAUGACCUAUAGUUUUGAGUUUUGUGGGCAUUUCAGUAGUCCCUCUGAACUUUCCAUUUCUUAAUACUGGUUUGUAGAAAUUAGGUGAUCAAUAAAUUUUCAAAGUUUGUGAAUAAGCUUCAAAUUUAGAAUUUUUUAAAAACUGUGUUUUAGGUAAAGGCUUACAUAGCAAAUUAGGUUCCCAUUUAACAAUUUUUAAUACAACUUGUUAUAUUUUUCAGUGUAACAUUGAUUACAUUUUUCACAAUGUGUUAACAUUCUUAUUUCCAUUCUUUUUGUUUUGUUU